UGAUAAGCGUUUUCCUUCCGAAGUAUUAUCGACUCAUCCUUAUCGGCUCCGCAGGUUCUCACGCCCAUCUGGAAUGGCUGAAAAGCUUGCCCACUCCACCCUGGAGUGCAGAUUGGCCGUGCUGGGGACGUGCUGCUCAAUGCUGGGUGAUGGCGAGAGUGGAGUGGGCAAGUCUAGUCUCUGUAGCAGAUUCAUUCAUCCAGGCGUGGAUACUUGGCAAGAACUGGGUCACGAUCACUCGCACUGGCUGAGCCAGACUGACUUCUCCGAAGCGGAAAUCAAUGGAGAUCAUUUCGUCUACUUUGGAGCUGCAAAGCGACUGUACUUGCCCAGGGGAUCGAAUCCAUUGAGGUCUGCGGUGGAGCUGCGUAUUCAUGUCGUUGAGCACACGACUUUCAUCGAUGAUAGCCGUGGUUGUCCAUUCCCCGGAGCCGAGAACUAUGCAGAUCGAGCCACUAGUCCCACCAUACAUGUACGAUCCUCUACCAUGGUAAAACACCCCUACACAUGUCGCUCUCGUCUAGGACAGCACACGCCUCAUACGCAAUCAUCCAAGUUACUCUCCGCAGCCUGCAGUCGAGAGCUUGGUCCCUUUCCCAAAGCAUACUCGUCGCAUGGAGAGGGUGUUGACGGUUACCUAUUUGUCUUGGACCCCAGCAAACCCUCCGCUUGCCGACAGUGCCAGUGGAAGGUUUUCACCCAUUGUUGGCGGAAGAUCCCCGACAAGAAGAAGAAACACGGUUGUGCCAUUGUUCUGACGAAAUGCGACCUGCUCCCCAACGACUUUGACCUGAACGGCAAGAACAUCAGCAUUGUCAAACUAUUCCAAGGUGAAGCGCCCACUGGCACUGGGUCACAGACAGCAUCAGCACAGACCUUCCAGGAUUGUCCGGGGAAACUGGCCAUAUCCUGUGGCAAGCAUCAGGUGCCUGUGUUUCUGGCGUCGGCGGAGUGCUGUUAUGGCGUUGACAUGCCGUUCGUGUACCUGGCACAUCGUACUCUCAAGGUAUUCGGUCGACCCAGUCUGCCCAUGACUCGUGCGCAGCUGGUGCAGAUAAAGCAGAGGAAGGAGCAUGAAAUGCUGCGGUCAUUUAAUCAGUUCUUGAAGCGUCGCGUCACGGAGCAUCGGAUCACGUGGAGCAAUGUGUGGCCCGUUGAUCAUGACGAUGAGACUGCAGAGCGGACCAGGGAGAUGUGGCGGAGUGUGCUGGGCUCGGCGGUGCUAGAGGCCGUGUUCAACUCGCACAUACGACGGAUAGAACAACCCACCAACAAAGACAAUGCACAUGCACCAUGGGAACAUGGUCAACAGACUAUGUGUACUGGUACCAGCCCGAGGGAUGAAAGCGAUCACAUUGACUAUGAUGAGAGAUUCGUUAUGGUCGGCCAGCGGAAGCACUCCAAAACGCAAAGCCUGUUCCGCGGAAAACGGCAACACGCUGGAAGCUUGCCUAUGGAUGCGGCUAAUGAGCAUGUUAAGGGAGCGACUAAGGCGAGGACUAUAAUCCCUUACGCUGAGGUCCACAUGGAUGGCACACGCACAAUACACAGACUGGCGUAUGAGGACAUGGGCGAUGAUGAGGAUGACGACGACGUGACGUCAUCCUGGCUCAUGCUUCACUGUCCUGACCAGCGACACUACAGGCCUGCUGAAUUUAUCCAAACGAAACGCAAGGAUAGCGAUAACAGGGUACACGGGAACUCCUUGCCGGAGGCAACACAGGAUCAAGCUCCGCGGUGGCCACGGGUUGGCCUAUUCCCAUACGCGCACGCUCGUCUUGACCACUGUUCGUCAUGCACAACAUGCAUACCAUCUGAACACCAACACCAACACCCACACCACCACCCACACCCACACCCACACCCACACCAACACCCACACCAACACCACAUGGACAGUACUGAUGGUAGUGCGUUCUGCGAUGGUCUCCUCGCACUGCCACUGCCACCCACACCUGCUCAGACUAAACCAGACAACGCUCCGUUGAUACACGUGCAACUCCCUGAUGAACAAGAGCCAGGAAACUCUGACGGACAGGACAUCCCAUGUUCGGAACGUUCCGCCAGUCCAUCCACGUCGCCGGAUUGUCGGUCCCGCCGUCGGCCCAGUGGACACUUCCGACAGCCAGAUAUGGAGAAGAAGCGGUCCGAUUUGCGCUUGAACUGUCACGAGCCAGGAGACUCGAUGGUCAAAACAAUAGCGAUUGGUGACCUUCCCCAAUUGCAGGGUGGAAUUUCGAACUCCUCUUCGCCUGAACACGACCCACACCAAAACCACACGGACAGUCGUGCUUUCCGCGACGGUCUUCUCGUACUACCAUUGCCACCCACACCUGCUCACACUAAACCAGACCACACUCCGUUGAUACACGUACGACUCCCUGAUGAACAAGAACACCCUGGCACAAACUCUGACGGAGAGGACAUCCCAUGUUCCGAACGUUCCGUCAGUCCAUCCACGUCGCCGGAUUGUCGAUCUAGUGGACACUCCCGACAGCCGGAUAUAGAGAGGAAGCGAUCCGAUUUGCGCUUGGCCUGUCACGAACCAGCAGACGCAACGCUCAGAACAAUUGCGAUUGGCGACCUUCCCCAACUGCAGCAGGAUGGAAUUUCGAACUCCUCAUCCACGUCUCCGGUGGCGUGCGCCCGUAGAAGGUCCUCAACCGGUGAUGGACUCCAUACAAACAGGAGGAAAUCAUUCGACACGGCCGUCUUAACCAGCUCGAAAGAUGGUGUCAGGAUUCAGGCUAACGUCACUGACAAGCCAAAAUCCCGAGAAUAUCUCAGAGUUGAAGGCACGCCAGCCGAUGUGAAUCCACCGCCGCCAGCCGCUCCAGUGCGAUCAUGUUCUCUGAAAGGCACUGGUGAUGUGGCAGGAAAGGGUACUUGCGAACAGCAGGACGACUCCCGGAACAUAGCUGAUAAAUGGGUGGUUGACGCUCGCUCCGGUAAGUAUAUUCACAUGGAUGUGAAGCAGCAGGAUGACUCAUAAUAUCGCCACCUGAAAUCCAACAGCAGCUACUAAGUUAUUUAAUUUGAUCAGUAAUUUUGCUGUUUUUUUUAGCUUCCCAACCACGGUCUGUGUAGGAUUCAGCUCAACGACCGUGAGCAUACAAACUACAAAGAACACAAUCAUGCACCCUAUGUCAUGGAACGGUAACUCUAUACUCCCCGUGCAUCUUACAAUUAGGCUAUGUCAGGAAUGUAUAUCAUUGCGAACACACGACAGCCACUCCCCUCCCACCAGUGGCACCACAUCCUCUCCCCUACCACGAGUGAGUUACAGAGUAUCUAGCACCAGGCUUGUUGUUGUUACCAACUUAUCAUAAAUAUUGGUUUCAUAGCCUUCGGCAAUUAUGUGCCGCCCGAGACCAACAUAGCCGUUCUCUAUGAAAAUUGCUGUACAUUUCCUCUGAAACAUUACAUUGACCGAUCCUCCUGCGUAUACAUUCACAAAAUCAAACUUAUCACUGCCCCUCAGCAUGUGCAGCAUUCCUUAAACUGGUUCAAUGAAUCCUCAACAAGCCGGAACUCGCUUCGUUUCCCGAUUGCAAGAAACAAUUCUAUGAGCAAAUCGCCUGUAUUCCUAGCAUACCAAUUAUGGGAUUCUCUUCCUCAGCAAUUAAAGUCCAGCAACACCCUCAAUGCGUUUUUAAGCUUGAUAAAUAUACACGUACGUCGAUCUUCAUUUACUAAUCAUUGAAUUCAAUUCUCUUUGUGUAUUACUUCAAGCUCCAAAGUAAAUCACAUAUGCUACCUGUACAAUUCAUUUGGGUUUUGGAUUGAUCUUUAUAAUUGAUUUUGGUUUUGGAUUGAUUUACUUUUAUUUCAUUUUCAUUUUCAUUUAACUUGCCAUAUUUUGCGUGUGCAUUUUUGCCUUCUUGUUCUUUUAUUCCAUGGCUGGUAGCCCUCAUUCAUAAUAUUGGUUGACACCAUGUCAUCCAUGAAUUGAGAAUAAUAAUA